UUUUAUUAUACUUAUCUCUUUUAAAUUUUCUGUUUUUGUUUCGAUAAUUGGAUUGUGCGGAGUUCCCUGAGUUUUUUUAAUAAUAGUACGAAUUUCGAAAAUCAUGUUUUUCUCAAGUUGUGGGAUGUGCGAUUGCUGUAAAAUUCUCUUGUCUGUGCUUCAAAUAGGCUUGUCUCUAUUGUGUUUCACUGAUACAGUACGUUGUCAGCUGGCACUGCCACUCGGUCGCUUUGGUUUACUGUCGCCUAACCUCUUCUUCACCACCCCGACGACACUGGCGCCGCCCGGACAAGUGGAUGUGCCGGCGGUAUCCCGGAAGCUGGCCGAUAAUGGAAGCCCAUCCGAUGUCGCUUUUGAAACUUCGUGCUCCCGCUUCACGUCCAGCGCAGCGUUGAAGUGCCCAUGUGCCGGCACUGGACAACGGUGUGCCGAUGCGCUGUCGGUGUGCAGUGCUGCCCAUAAGUGUGUCUGCGACAGUAGUCGAGGCUUUGCUGAUUCCACGGGCACAAAAUGUAUUCCAUAUAAUAUCCCUACAACCGCCGCUGCGACCGCCGCCCCGGUCACCUGUCCCGUCUGUCCAUCCAUAACUUGCCCAACCACCGUUUCCGCCACUUCCGCAACCUGCCCAACAACAUCUACCUCCACUUCGGUAACAACAUCGACUACCACUGCAACACCAACCACGACUACCCCAACCGCUACCACGACUACUACAACCGCGCCUGAUACGAGAUGUGCGACAAACGGAUAUUAUUUCAAUGCGCUCGCCGGAACACCUAGCCGCCUAUGUGGAGGCUGCUUGUUUGCCACUGUAAGCGCUCCUGCCACUAUCACGUUCGUCCAGGAUAGUGCUCUCUUUGCCAACUGCCUGUUUAACGUUUUUGGUCCUCCUGGCAGUGGAAAAUUAUCGGUGAAAGUGACGAGCAGUACGCUGGCUUGUACGGGUACCAUUGUUGUAAUCAACGGAAACCGUUAUCCCUGCGGAAUGAUUACACCUGAUCCACUUAUUCUCGAUGCCACUACAGCGGCAAUACUAAUCGCUGCAAAUAAUGGAGCCGGUUCGUUUGUGUUAGCCAUUUCGGUGGUGUGAGCGGGAUACGAGCAAUACUGGACACAUGACGAUCAGCAUGUCAGUAUGUGCUAUUCUAUACGGACGCUCGCGUAAACUUGUUUGCCUGGCGUGAGUUUUUCGUUUUCUCGUUAAAUUUGAAAGCAAAGAUGAAAGAUACUAAAUGUGCCUGCUUAGCUUAUACGGUAUUUAUCAUAUUAAUAUUUUAUGAACUAUACUUUUGGCGUCUCAGAUGCAAAGUGAAGAAGCUUUCGACAUGCGCGUAACGCGUCAACCUCUAAAGGAG